GAGAUCUCGGAUUUGGAGUUGGAUACACCAAUCCGGUCAGAGGAUGAGAAAGAGAUUGAUGAAAUUGUGGUGAGCUGUGGAAGUGCUGAAAGUCGUUUCAAAACUUCAUCUCAUUCGCUGCAUGCUCACGAGAUGGAGCCUUUUACAUUUGCCAGCUCGGGUGAGCUCGAGAUCCCCGUCAGCGUAAGAAUUGGAAGUUUAGAUGGCUAUCAGACACCGAUACCCUUUUCUAAGCUAGUCUACCGUCCUGACUUGCGCUACAUUGGCUCAAACAUGAGUCCUCAUUCUGAUCUUUAUGUUACUGUGCAGCUUUGGGCAGACUCGAAGCCUCUCACAGUACCCGUCCAAACUGCUUACAAGGCAUUUAAGACGGAGAGGAUUUGGAACGAAUGGCUCACACUUCCAAUCGACUACGCUACGCUUCCUCUCAGCGCUCAGCUCGCUAUUACAAUCUGGGAUCUUUCUCCGACUGGUGGCGAGAGUGCCAGAGGACAUGCAAUCCCUUUUGGCGGUACUACUGUUCCUCUCUUUGACAGUGAUAAUACAUUACAAAAGGGUCGUCAGAAGUGUCGUGUCUAUCGACAUAAAGCAGCCGAUGGCUUAUCUGAAACAACUACUCCUUCUAUCCGUCGGCCACGCUACCAACUGAAGAUUGACAAGCGCAAAGUGGAGGAGAAUGGCGACGAUGAAUAUGAGACCGACCGCUUAGAAAAACUCUUUAAAAAGCAUGAAAUGGGAGAGAUACAGCGUGUGGAUUGGCUCGAUCAGCUCGUCUUUCGUCAACUUGAGAAAAGAGGUCUCAAUGCACAGCCGCCGCCAAAGAAGCCGGUCAAGAAGCAUUCUGAUAGGAAUAGGAUUGCAGAUGGGCAUGAAUAUUCUGAAGAUGAAGGAUCCGACAAUGAUGAAGACGAUCAGUUUGUCCUUUACAUCGACCUCCCACGCUUCGAUUUCCCAAUCGUGUUUACGGAUCAUGAAUAUCCUCCGCCGCCCAUUUCUUCGCAUCCACACCACGUACCUACAGCCGUAAGCCACAAACCUCCGCCAGAGGUGCAACUGGGACCGGGUGUCAAAGGCAUUCAUGGUUCAGAUGAUGAAAAUAAUCCUUUCGGUGGAAGGUUAAUCAAGAUUUACGAUCCAGAAGUUGGUGCGAGGGACAAUCCUGCAGAGAGCAUGCACCGUCGCUUGGUCCGUAGCCAUCGUGCAGGUGUUCUAGACCGUGAUUUGAAACCGAAUGCGAAGAUCCGGGACGAAUUAAACGUUAUCAUGUCAUAUGGUCCAACUCAAGAGCUCAAUGCCGAAGAGAAAGACUUGGUUUGGAAGUUCAGGCAUCACCUGACUCGUGAUAAAAGAGCAUUGACAAAGUUUGUCAAGUCGGUCUCUUGGCAUGACCAGAGCGAAGCUCGUCAGGCAGUGCAAAUUCUUCCUAAGUGGACCGAGAUAGAUGUAGAUGAUGCUUUGGAGCUCCUUGGGCCGACGUUUGACAGUCCAGCUGUCAGAGCGUACGCUGUUGAACGGUUGAGAAAAGCCGAUGAUGAGGAACUCUUAUUGUAUUUGCUUCAACUGGUGCAGGCCCUCAAAUUUGAAAAGCUUCCUACUGAAAACCCCGAUGAAGCUGCGGAGGAUUCCUCUCUUGCUGGCUUCCUCAUAUCUCGAGCUACUCAGAACAUUGUUUUAGGAAGUUAUCUGCAUUGGUACCUCAUGGUUGAAUGCGAUGAUCGCAGCCCUGAUCAGGCGCAAGAAUACCGCAAGCUUUUUGCUAGAGUUGAGUUUAAUUUCAUGACCGAACUGCUCAAGACGCCGCAUGGACCAGAACAGCGCAAAACACUUCUUCGGCAAGGCGAACUCAUCACCAUUCUAUCAAAGAUUUCAAAGGAGAUUCGAUUUUCUCGUGAAGAUCGUCCACACAAAAUUGAGCGUCUCAAGCGAUUCCUGGCUGAUCCGAAGAAUGAGCUAAACUCAUUUGAUCCACCUCUUCCGCUGCCGCUUGAUCCAUCAGUAUCUAUUGUUGGGAUCUUCCCCGAUGACUGUCUUGUCUUCAAAUCUUCAUUGUUUCCUCUCCUGAUUCCAUUCAGAACAGCAGAUGGCCGCAAGUACCCCAUCAUCUUCAAGACCGGAGACGAUCUUCGACAGGAUCAAUUGGUCAUCCAGAUCAUAACACUUAUGGACCGUCUGUUGCGCAAGGAAAAUUUGGAUCUCAAAUUAUCACCAUACCGCAUCCUUGCUACCAGUGCAAAUGCUGGAGCGGUGCAAUUCGUUGGCUCCAUGAGCUUGGCCGCAGCAGUGACAAAAUACAAGGGAAGCAUUCUUGCUUAUCUUAAGGCUAAUAACCCCGACGAGAGUGAGCCACUUGGCGUACGCAAAGAAGCGAUGGAAACCUAUGUAAAAAGUUGUGCGGGGUAUUGCGUGAUAACUUAUCUACUUGGCGUUGGUGAUCGCCACUUGGACAAUCUGCUUCUCGCUCCUGAUGGUCACUUUUUCCACGCUGACUUUGGUUUUAUCCUUGGGCGUGAUCCAAAACCGUUUCCUCCAGCAAUGAAACUCUGCAAAGAAAUGGUCGAAGGCAUGGGCGGCGCAAAUUCGGCUCAUUACGCUGCAUUCAAGCAAUACUGCUUCACAGCAUACACAACCUUGAGAAAGUCCUCAAAUCUGAUUCUCAAUCUUUUUAGCUUGAUGAUCGAUGCCAACAUCCCAGAUAUCAAAAUGGAGCCCGACAAGGCCGUUAUCAAAGUGCGCGACCGCUUCCACUUGGAAAUGAGCGAAGAGGAGGCUAUCAAGCAUUUUGAAGCAUUGAUUGGCGACAGUGUCAAUGCCAUUUUCCCGGUGGUGAUUGAUCGAUUGCAUGGCUUGGUCCAGCACUGGCGAGCGUAGUUUACGUUCUUUGAUGAUUAUAAUCAAUUACGGAUACCCUUAGGCGCAUUGGUACUCGGCAAGGCAUAACUUAGCAUCAAGUCAUAUAAAUGGCGUAUCGGUUCUUCAUAUUAAAGAUUCAAAUUGCUGCAUGGAAUGAG